GUCAGCUGACCUCGGUAACACACGUGACAAGGCACAACAGAGAUGGCGGCCGCGUGGCUUCUGUGCGCCGCCUUGUUUUCUUCGGCGUUUUGUUCCUCGGGGGCGGCUUCGUUCACCAGACAUCUGUCGGUGGAGCUGAACCCGGGCGCGCCCGCCCCGCACGCCGGAGGCGACCUUCUGCACGUGAGAGCGCUGGGCGACAAUGACACCCUGCACUUCCUGUUCUGCAGCCAGGGGGCUCCCACGCUCCUUCUGGUCCACACCAGGGUCACAUCCUCCUACGUCUCGGUGGACUGGGAGCGCUUCUUAAGCCGCAAUGCCAGCGGCAGCCUGCGGGUGGAGCCGGUGAGCAGCAUCGUGUCCAGCACGGCGCUCGUCUUCAGCCGGCUGUUGGAAUAUGAUGACGUCAACAACACGGCCGACAUGCCCGAUGAGCUUUUCCCGCCCUACGAGCUGCGGAACAUCACGUGGUCGGCGAUGGAGCUGUCCGGGGCGGCGGCCCGACUGUGUGGCGCCGUGGCCCAGGGUUCCAUUUGUCUGCACCUCUCUGUGUUUGAUGGGGAGGGGCGUGACGAGAUAUGGCCCCGCCUCCUCCAUACGGCCAACUCCUCCCAGGUGGCCGUGCAGCUGAACGGCCUGUUGCCGAGGUCGCAGCGGUCACGCUUCCUUUUGGAGCUGCAUUCGGUGGGCGGAGUCUAUCCCCUGAACACCGUUAGGGUACACCGCUCCAUCGACGACGAGUUCACGCCAUCCAUCUUCAAGGUAUCCGAGUGGACGUCAGGAACGAACGAGAGCUCGUGCGACGGAUGCGGCUUCGUCCUGUGGAAGCAGGUAGCCUACCGGCAUUCUCCGCCGGCUCUGGAGGACGCGUCACCGUGCCGUCACACGGAGCCGCGACGCCAGAGCGGCGGGGCUUUGGCGGAGGCCGGCGGUCUGGCGCUGGCCUUCUUCGCCACCGAGGGUGACGAGCCGGACGGCGUCUUCGGACUCAACAUCAGCUUCGGCAUGGCCGGGGAACCUUUCUACGAUGCCACCAAGUUCCUGAGCUGGACGGCUUUGGUCGGCGUCGGCCUCCCCCCCUCAGACACCUUCUCCCCGCUGGUGGCGGCAAUCAUGGCAGUCGGUCUUGGCGCUCCGCUCAUCAUCCUGCUGGUGGGCGGCGUCUACGUGUGCCUACGUAAGAGAUCGGUGUCCUCGGCAAGCGGCUACGAGCCCAUCAACUGAUGGCUGCCGGACAGCACAUCAUAUCCCGGAGACUCUUUUAUAGUUAUCUUUUAUUGAUUUUAUGGUUUCCUCUGAUCUUCCACUGACCAAUUUUUUUAAACAAAAUGAUCAUGUUGAUCCCGAAAAACAA